UGGCAUUUUUUUGGAAUAGUUGCCGAAUGUCAGUACAACAAAAUAAACAACAAAUGCAGAUACCUUAUCAGCCACACACAGAGUUCCAAACUUAAGUGUACAACUGUUCCUGUUGGUCAGGUCACUUGAUAGGCAUCAGUUUUAUGAUGUGAUCUUCACCAAACUUUUAUUGUUAUUAGGUUUUCUGUGUUUUUUCCUAAAACUUAAACUCAGGGACCUAGAAUUAGUUGGAGUUUUUUUAUCUGUCUUUUAUCUGAAAAUGUUUUUUUUCUUCAGUUUUUUGCUUGAUAUUAUUUUUUUUUGUUUUUGUGAAAUUUAGGUUUGGUCUGGCCCGUAGAACAACUAAUUAAGUUGGAGUCGCCUAAUUUGCAAAAAUAUAAUUUGCAAAGUCCUUCACUGAACUAAAAAAAACAAAUCAGAAUUAUUCUUGUUUUAUUGUUUAGGGUAGUACAAAUAUGUUGCUGCCAACAAAACUUCUCCAUUUUGGUUUGGUUUUGACUGUGUGUGUUACAGAUGCAUUUUGGCAGAAUGGACAAAGUUUUAAGAAAGACAGUUGUUUCUGUCAUUUAUCUGGCCAGGUGGAUGAUUGUUGCUGCUCCAUCGAAGAUGUUGCGAAGCUGAAUCUUCAUAUUUAUCCACGUCUGACAAAUCUAGUGCAAAGAAAUUAUUUUAAAUACGUAAAGAUAAACCUUCAUACCGGUUGUCCAUUUUGGCCAGAUUGGAAUCAGUGUGCUAUUAAAGAUUGCAGCGUUGAUAAAUGUUUAGAGGAUGAAUUACCUAUUGGUUUAAAAAAGAAUGGUAAAUCCAAGUACACUGAAAAUAAAUACAGCGAAGAAGCAAACACGGAGGACAAAGGACCGUGUGCUGUUGGCUCUGAAGAAUCGCUAGGAGAUGUUGAUCAUAACAUUAGCGAUGAUCAACGAGAAGCACUUAAGGAAUGGUCAGAAUAUGAUGCUGAUUCUAGUUAUACUGUUGACCUUGAUGAGGAUUCUAAAGAUGCUAAAUGGGUUGAUUUGAUAUUAAAUCCUGAAAAAUUUACUGGCUAUACCGGGCAAGGUGCAAAUCGUAUCUGGAUUGCUAUAUACAAAGAAAAUUGUUUCUUACCAGAGAAGCGAAUGAAAACAUUUGAUGAGCUGCAGUCUGUAUUUCUUUCAAAAACAUGUUUAGAAAAGCGUGUAUUUUACAGAACGAUGUCUGGUCUACAUGCUAGUAUAAAUAUUGAUCUUAGUUAUAACAGUUUAAUAACAGAUCCAAGAUUUCCAUCGAAACCUCAAUGGGGUCCUGAUUUAGAGGAUUUUGAGAGACGCUUUGAUCCUGUAGCAACUAAAGGAAAUGGACCUCACUGGUUAAAGAAUUUGUAUUUUACCUAUUUGCUUACAUUGCGAGCUGUCACAAAAGCAGCGCCAUAUUGGAAGGAAGCUGUUUUUUUUACUGGAGAUGAAAAAGAGGAUAAAGAAGUGAAACAAAUCAUUUUAGAAUUGAUCAAAUCAUCAAAAACUUGCCCUAGUACGUUUGAUGAAACACAGAUGUUCACAGGUGAUCCAGCGAAAGCUAAUGCCUUAAAGGAAGAAUUUCGUCUCCAUUUUAAAAAUGUCACUCGAAUAAUGGAUUGUGUUGGUUGUGAGAAAUGUCGACUUUGGGGUAAAUUGCAGACACAUGGUUUGGCUACGGCGAUGAAGAUACUAUUUUCUUCGGAUAAAUGGGACAAGAUUCCUGUUAUUAAUGGCAAAAGGUUUUCCUUGAGAAGAACAGAGAUUGUUGGUCUUUUUAAUGUGUUAAACAAAUUGUCACACAGUGUGCAUUACAUUGGUGAAUUCAAGAAAAUGAGCGAAAGAAAAAAUCGAAAAGAGUUAUAAUAUUAAUGAAGAAAAAAUAAAUAUUUUUUGAGUUAUUUAAAAAAGGUUACAUGUGGACGAAAAAAUAGGAAUAUUUAUGUACAGCAACUUAGAAUUUUAUCAGUGGAACUGGAUUUAUUGUUAUUUUCUUUUUCCACCAUUUUAUUUCUUUUUUUUAAUCUACCAUUUUGAAAUAACUUACCAGGUUGACAUAAACACUUUAUUUUUUAUAAACUAUAGAAGAUCUAGACUAACAUUAUCGCGGAAAUUCUUUCAAAUCAUAAAAUAUUUUCUUCGUGCAAAGAUAUAGCCAGCAUUAAUAAAUCAAAAAAGAGAGUUUUGUUUAAUAUAAAGCAUAAAAUUGUAUGUCAUUCUAGGGCAAAGUUGAAAAAAGAUAGACAACCGCCUAAAAUAUUAACCCUGUUCUUAUGCUGUAUGCUGAGUCUUCCCUUAGGGCCAAUUUAAAAAAAACAUGUGUUUAUAAAAAAUAGAUGGUGUAUCUUGUAUGUGUGUGAGCAGUCUUGUAUUUCUUAUUGUUGUCUCCUUGACAGGAACAUCUUUUAUAGAAUGUUUUUAAUGACGUUUAGUUCCAAAGAAAUAAUUUUUCUUUGUUUUUAAUUUUUUUUUUAAAAUUCAGUUAAUGUUUUUUCUAAGAGUUUUUUUUUCUCAUAAGGAAGUUUUACAUAUUGUUUUUAGAAUGCUUUUUCAGAUUUUUCUGUUUUUGAGCCUCGAUUUUAUUAAAAUCCUAAAAUGGUCAUCAAAAUAUUACAUUAUAGAAGAGUUUUUUCUUUCUAAUCAAACAUUUUUGCAUAUUUAUUUGUAGAUGUCAGUAUUAGCUAUAUGAAUAUAUAAAGCCUUAA